UAGACCAUUCGAUCUAGCUCCACUGCUAGUUCAAAACAGCCGCACAACACCAAAGAAUUCCCGAAAGAAAAGAAAAAAGUUUGUGACUUUGUGUGGCUGGAAUAAAAAUAUUCAAUACUAUAUAUUUAGCUCUGACCUAACCCAAAUCUUUCCCAUUUCCCAUUUCUAUCUCUGUCGCUCGCGUAGAUUCACCGCCAUUCGUAUCUAGAUCUACUUGUAAAUCAUCGCAAUUCCUUGUUGGUCACUUGCUCUUCUACAUCCAAUAGUCAAGUUUCAUGUCUGAAUUAGACCAGCAGCUUCCAUCUGCUUUUGAUCCCUUUGCUGAUGCAAGUGCUGAUGACUCCAGCGCUGGGGGAAAAGAGUAUGUGCAUGUUCGCGUACAGCAGCGGAAUGGUAGGAAAAGUCUGACCACUGUGCAAGGUUUGAAGAAGCAAUACAGCUAUAGCAAGAUACUUAAGGACCUCAAGAAAGAGUUCUGCUGUAAUGGUACUGUUGUCCAGGACCCAGAGUUAGGCCAGGUCAUACAGCUUCAAGGGGACCAGAGAAAGAAUGUUUCCACCUUCCUUGUGCAGGCUGGCAUUGUGAAGAAGGAAAACAUCAAGAUUCAUGGUUUCUAAGCAGUCACCGGUACACUAAGUUGCGUCAUGUAGUCUACGUCACCUGAAGACUCAGUAGCCAGUAUACUAUCGAUCUCAAGUAUUUAUUGCAUUAAUCGCUUAGUUGUAUCGUGAAAGUAUUUAAUUGUGUCUUCUGCUGCUAUCUUCUGUGUUAUGUUGAAGGAUUAUGGAUGAUUCCAAAACCUUUAUCCUUAAUAAAAUGUUUCUGCUUUGUAUACGUA